AUCAAAUAAAUUGUAGGCUCUUUAAAUUGAAUUGGAUGGGAGGGUUUAUUAUGAUGUCUGUGCCAUCAGAUGAACAGCAAUAGGUUUUAUUAUUUUGAUGAUUGGGCCCUUAGGUUAAAUUAAAACCCUUCGUAUAACUCAGUGGCUUUAUCGGCUCAUGAAACACAGGGAAAGCUUCGAAACUGUCAUCGGUGGCGUAACCAAUUUCUUCAAAGUUUUCUACUUUGCGAACAAAGAUUAAACCGCUUCCUGAACUCACAUACCUGAUAAUUGUGUUUUUUGACUACUUCAAGACUUGAAGACUUCUAAGAUGUUGGCCUGUCAUCCUGAAAAAAAGUUAUCAUUUAACCGAUCAAUUAGUGAUGGCGAUUUGGUUAUUGUUUAUGAAAAGCAUGAAAGCAUGAAGGCUGUUACUGUGUGUGAAGGUUCAGUCCUGCAGAAUCGUUUUGGUGUUUUUAAACAUUCAGAUUGGAUAGGAAAACAGUUUGGGUCUAAAGUAUUCAGUAGUAAGGGUGGUUUUGUGUACUUGUUAGCUCCCACACCAGAAUUGUGGACUCUGGUAUUAAACCACAGGACUCAGAUUCUCUAUAUUGCGGAUAUUAGUUUUGUUAUCACAUACUUGGAGAUUGUUCCUGGUUGUGUGGUUCUUGAAUCUGGGACUGGUAGCGGAUCUUUGACUACUUCACUUGCAAGAGCAGUUGCUCCCUCAGGACACGUCAAUACCUUUGAUUUCCAUGAGCAAAGGGCCGAAUCAGCUAGGGCUGAUUUUGAGAAAACAGGUCUAAGCAGCUUAGUCACGGUGAAGGUUAGGGACAUUCAGGGUGAAGGAUUCCCUGAUGAUUUUACAGGCAUGGCUGACUCUGUAUUUUUGGAUCUACCUCAACCUUGGCUUACCAUUCCUUCAGCUGCAAAAGUGUUGAGACAUGAUGGCACAUUGUGCUCUUUCUCUCCUUGUAUCGAGCAAGUACAACGAACAUGCGAAACACUCCGAACCCAAUUCACAGACAUAAGGACAUUUGAGGUGCUUUUACGCACGUAUGAAGUUCGGGAAGAGAAAAUGCAAAGCCUAAGUGGGGAUGGGGAUGAUUCUAAUGGUUCUGUUCCUAGGAAGAGGAGACAAUGCUCUGAUGGAAGCUAUCUAGUCAGCGGCAGUCCUUCUAUUUCUUCUGUCAUGGCCAGACCUUGUGGUGAAGCUCGAGGUCACACAGGCUAUUUGACAUUUGCAAGAGUCAAAUGCGUCUCAUGAAGAGUGUUCUCAUGUCCAUCACAAUUUUGUAUCUCCUUUCAUAUAGAGCCUCAUGCAGAGAUUGUUUUUGUUCGUUAUAGUAGGGUAUGCUCAUCGUCCAUGCCUUGCUACAAGAAGUAAGGCCUACCUCUUUGCAGACUAGUAAUCAUUAGUGGCUAUUUUGUGCUUCUUCAUAUUCUUUACAGAUAUUUAGAUGGAUCAAGUUUCUUAACAUAUUAACAUUGCUUCAGCAAAGUGGCAAAAGACUUGUCACUAUUGAUUGAUUUGCUCA